AUGGUGAACGCUUCAGUAGCUCGUAACAUUGUUGGCAUUAUAGGGAAUGUUAUCUCCUUCGUAUUGUUCUUCUCGCCAGCUCCGACUUUCUAUAAAAUCAUAAAGAAGAAAGAUGUGGAGGAGUUCAAGCCUGAUCCAUACAUAGCAACUGUCUUGAAUUGUGCGUUUUGGGUAUUCUAUGGAUUACCUUUUGUGCACCCAAAUAGUCUUUUGGUUGUUACCAUCAACGGUGUUGGGCUUGUUUUCGAGUUCGUCUAUCUCACCAUAUUUUAUGUCUAUUCCAACAACAAAGGAAGGAAGAAGUUGCUUCUUUAUCUUGUCAUUGAGGCUAUUUUCUUUGCUGCCAUUGUUCUUAUAACAAUGUUAGCAUUACAUGGCACUACCAAAAGAUCCUUGGUGGUUGGUAUUGUUUGUGAUAUCUUCAAUAUAUUGAUGUAUGUUUCUCCUCUUACUGUUAUGGCAAAGGUUAUCAAAACUAAGAGUGUUGAAUACAUGCCAUUUUGGCUCUCUUUGGCUAACUUUCUUAAUGGAUUGUGCUGGACUACAUACGCUCUCAUUCACCCUCUUGACAUUUAUGUUCUUAUCAGCAAUGGUAUUGGAGUAAUUUCUGGACUUGUUCAGCUUUUGCUAUAUGCUUUUUUCUGGUGCAAGGGUGAAAAUAAAAAAGAAGCUGAAGAUGAUGUCCCUAAACCAACUGUAGCUGCAGUUUGA